AUGAUCCUGCUGCCUGGUCUGUUGUUCAUUCUCUGGGGAGAACCGGGUCGGUGCCUGGAGGAGACCGGAGGCUUCACUUUAGAUGGAGACAUCCGCCACUUCGCCGUGGCCAACAACACGGUCUACAUCGCUACAGAGGAGAGGCUGUACCAGCUGAGCCACGACCUGACCCUGGUCCAGAGUCUGACCCAGAGAGGAGUCUUGACGGUCGGACGACUCCAACGCAACUUUCAGCGUCAACAUUUUAUUGCCGCUGGUGAAGGACGAGGCUCUGAUCAGCUGCGGUGUGGUCGAGUGCGGUUACUGCGAAGUGCUGGACCUGAAGAACAUCUCUCAUGUGCGGUACAGGGAGCGCAUCCAGGUGGGAUCCGGGGGCGCAGCAGCGCGUCCGUCGGCUUCCUGGUGGAUGUGAAGCAGAGCAGGACCGAGACCUACAUUCUGACUGCCAACCAGCAACACAAGACCACAACGAGCAGCUGCAUAUUAUCACCAGAUACGGUGAACCUCUAUAACACGAAUGACGACCAGAAAGGAUCUAUAUUUACUAAGAUUGGCGAGCACGAUUCCCCUUCAAUCAAACAAAACGAAGGCAAUGUGGAAUUUGUGGAUGGAUUUCAGAUCAAUUUAACUAUUUAUCUUUUCUCCAACAUUCCCUCAAGUGACAAAAACAACAAAGUCCGUCUCAUUUGGCUCGAAAGUAAAACAAACAAAAGGGAGACUCUCGGGUCUCUGCGGGGAGCGACUCUUAGUAUCUCUGACGGUGAUGAAGACAGCAGACUCGUCGCCUCCGCGGUGAUCCCGGGUGGACCGCCGGUGCUCUGGAGCGGCGUGUUCAGUGUGGACGGAGGACAAACCAACACCCAGCUGGUUCUGUUUGACAUCAGUCCGGAUCUCAGCGGACAGGCCGAUGAUGAUCCAGACUUCUACAGUGUCUCCAAUGAUAAGACAAAACGGAAGUUAAAGACUCUGAAGCCAAAGAUCGUGCUCUUCAGGCAGAACUACAUGACCUCUGUUCUGGCAGUGAGACAGAAGGCCUGGAUGGUUUUCUUCAUCGGGACAGGAGAUGGGCAGCUCAUUAGGCUUGCUGUGGAUCAGAACUAUCACACCACCUGUCCCAGGGUGCUCUACAGGGCCAAUGACGACCGCCGAGUGUUUCCAAAAAUGCUUCUGGAUCAAGUGGAUCUUAAACAUGUGUACGUGCCAUUACAAAAUCAGAUGAAGCGUGUACCCGUGUCCAACUGCAGCACAUACACCAAUGUGCAGGACUGUUGGUCUGCACAGGAUCCAUACUGUGUCUGGUGUGGAUCUAGAAAAAGUUGCACAUUUGAAGAUGACUGCAAAGAUUCAGACUGGAUCUCAAUUCCUGAUGGUUCUCAACCCAAAAUGGUUUCCUACAAAGUAGCAAAGGACAGCACGGGUCAGAUAACACUUAACAUCCAGACACACCUCACUGUGGGCCAGAAGGCACUGUCUAAGUUCGCCUGUCAAUUCUCCGCAACUUCCAUUGAGCUUUGUAGCACGAGAAGCCCUCCUCCCCUGUUCCCACAAUGCACCUGCGUCUUUUCAAUUAGCACACUUCCUGCUGAAGGCCUGCCUGUCACAGUUAAGUUCAGACUUGGGACGACAAUAUUGAAGGAACAACUGAAGCUGUCCAACUGCUCUGAAAUUAAGGGACCGCCAACCUCUGUCCUGUGUCGGCAGUGUAUCGAGGCUGGAUGUGGCUGGAGCAAAAGCGGCUGUUCCUGGACAAAUGGAGGAGUGGAGGAUGACAACAUUUGCCAAAUGAAUGAGUCAGGGAUGAACUUUUUUAAACCAGAGAUCUCCUCCAUCACUCCCAGUGUGGUGUCUUUCUACGGCAGAAACCAUGCAGUGCUGUCGGGUUACAACCUCAGUGAUGUGACCAGAGUGAGGAUCCAGGCGGACAUGGACUGCACUCCACAAGAGUCUCCUGUAUGGAACAACGCUGGUGUGACACUGAAGUUCCACAUUCCCAGUACCGAUAAUAAAGGCACGGUCAAAGUAUGUGUUCUCCUCCCAGACGGUAGUUGCCAUGGCAAUGCUAAAAUCACCUACAAGUCAUCCCCAUCCUGCACCAACAUUGUACCAAGCAGCAGCUGGAUCAGUGGGAAGAGGAAGGUCACAGUCAUGGGGUCCCACGUGGAGUUUGUGGAAGGGGUGAUGCACAGCCACGCCCUGCGGGAAGUCAGAGCUCCCAGAAACAUAAACUAUCAGAAUCUUACCUAUGACACACCUGAAGCUGACAAAAAGAUUUCGACCAGCACCGUGUUUCUGAAAGUGGCCAAUGAAACCUUGGCCUGUUCCACAACGUUAAAGUACUACCCAGACCCCGAGUUCACUAGCUUCACUUCCACAAGGACAGGGGACGAUGUCCGCAUCACCAUACAGAAAAAGGCAGACAAACUGGAGAUGACCCUAGCAGAGUUGUCAGUGUGGGGCGUUGAGGAAGGAAAAGAAUACCCCUGUAUCAUGCAAGACAAAGAAACCAGUAAUGAGAUGGACUUUUUCAUCUGUGAGAUUGAAAGGACACCCAAAGCUAAAUUUCAGCAGUUAAUGAUAAAGUAUGGAGACAAGACGGUAACACUGAAUCUCAGCUCUUCAUUUCAUCUGUACCUGCUUCUUGCCCUUCUGCUGAUACCCUGCAUUAUUAUUGUGGUGCUGAUCGUCUACAGAAGCCAACAGAAGAAGCUCACGGCUACGAUGAACAAGCGUAUGGAAGACCUGGUGCUCGACAUCAGAAAUGACAUUAGACAAGGUCCGUCUUCUGAAGCCCAACUCCUGUAGCAUAAUCUCCUUCUCUGUUAUACAUCCGUAUACUCCGUAAACACUCACAUUUUUGUCAAAAUAUGGCAGGUGUCUGCUUCGCUCUAGAAACAUAGCUGCUUUUGUUAAAUGAAAAAAAGAAAUUUGUAGAAAAACAUGUUUAUAUAAUAUUAAUUGAUAUCCAUUCAUGUAAAUACCCAAGGUAUUGGGUGGUGUCCGAACUAUAACUCAGGUAUCAUAUCACAACUGUUAAAAAAUGUCCAACACUAAUAUAGUCGAAGGCACCCAAAUCCCAAUCAAAGAGUAGUCAGCAUACAGUUGCAAUGGUUUUAGCCACCCUUGCUUUGUGUUUCCUGAGGUAGCAUCAUGAUAUCUGAUAUAUUACUUAAGUGAUAGCUCUUGAGUGAGUGUCAUUUGGGGCUGAAGACUACAAGUUUGGAAAUAACAAAAUCUGACUGUAUGGAGGCAAUGAAGACAUGUGUUUACCAGACCUCUGUAACCUGCUCCUUCUUUUUGUUGAGGCCAGUGGCUCCAGGUUACAAUAACUGCUGCUAGCAUAAUUCACCCAAUCCCUGACUCUGACCCAACAGUCUCUUCUCAAGUUGCAUUUUGGGUGUUGUAGGCACCUGGUUUUGACAAGGAAGAACAAUGCCUUGAACGGAAAACAUGACAUCUCUGGUUCUGCUGAUAUUGAUCUUCAUUUUCUAAACUAAUAAAAGAGCAAUGCUUCA